AAGAGAAAGAACUUGGAAGAGAAAAAAGAAGAAGAGAGAAAUCCUCCCAUCAAAAAAAAAAAAAAAAAAAAAAAAAGACAACCAGUUUUUGCUGCUUUGCUGUUUGAGUGAAAAAGCUAAAAUCCAGAGAGAGGAGAAGAAGAGAAAUCCUAAAGAAACAACUAGUUCUUUCUUGUUUGCCCUCGAGUUUAGGCCAGCGCACGGGUUUUUACCUCCAUUAGGUCUUUGUCUUUUGCAAUCAUGAGUCCUUCCUUUGCUCCAUCCUCAUCGACCUCAGAAUUGAGUUAUGAGUAUGAGGUCUUCGUUAGUUUUUGGGGGGAAGAUACCCACACAACCUUUGCCUGCCAUCUCUUUGCCGCUUUAGAUCGUAAAAAGAUUUGUGCGUGUAGUAGAGGGGAAUUUAAUCGGACCGAACUGAUGAAGGCAAUUGAGACAUCAAGGAUGGCAGUUGUGGUGUUCUCGAAAAGCUAUGCUACUUCAGAUCGGUGCCGAGAUGAGCUGGCGAAAAUCAUGGAAUGCAAUAGGGUGCUAAAUCAAAGGGUGCUUCCUAUUUUCUAUGACGUGUCUCCAUCAGAGGUGCGAGAACAAAAGGGAAAUUUUGAAGAGGCUGCAAACUUGGCAGGCUUUCAUUUGAAACCAAAUCGGCCAGAGUCAGAGUUUAUAGAGGAAAUUGUUGAGAACAUUUUGAAAAAACUAAAUGAGGAAUCAUCUACUGCUCCAUCCCUUCGUCAGAAUGAUGCUCCCAUUCCGCACAAUGAUGCUUCAUCUGGUCAAAAUACCACUAUUAAUGCUAUUGCUGACUGGACUCCUUUUUUUUUUUUUUUAAAUUUUUUUUCGUGGGUACGCGGUUGUUUACUUCGUGUGCCGUAAGACUUUUUUUCCCGUGCAAAGAAUUAUUCAAUUCCCUGUCAGGUUGGUAGGAGUCAGUGGUCCCGUUUUCAAGCUGAGUUGUUGGUCUUCAACUGGUACAAACAAGUCGAAUCGUCCCUUCACCGCUAUUUCCAAGUAAGGAUUGCAAGUGCAAAUCUUCGCUGGCUUUCAUUAUCUUUCUUUUUGUCUUUCCGUGGGUCCAACGUUGUAAUCUUCUCUUAUCUUUUUUUCUUCUUCUGUUUUUAGUCUUUUCCAUUCCGCGUUUAUCGCCAUUGCUCACUGUCAUCUUCUUUUUGCUAAAUCUUGAUUUUCGUUCUAUUUACCAAAUUUCUCCUUCUUUUCCUUCGCUUCCUGAAACAUUCUCUGUCUGCAUUACUCUGUUUUUUCAUCUGUCCUUUUGUGUCACCUUGAUCCGUGUUUACAUUAACCGGGUUUUUUUUUUUUUUUUUUUGGCUAUUGCUAUUGUUCCUAAUUCAGAGGGGGCCAGUGCAACAGCAAAUAGCGAUUCUCUCUUUGAUUAGCUCAAGAAAGAUAGGUUCAUGGAAAAGGCGAGCAGGGGAUCACAAUUGGUUAGCCUGAUAUUUGUUAAAAGAACUUGUAAUUCUUGAGUAUGAUUGCAUAAUUGGUGUUUGGUUAGAGAGGAAUUGUCCUCUUAAUUGGUAUCUUUAGUAGAUGUUUAAAAAAAUAGCUCAUUUGCUGGAGUGA